UGGCUUGGCUCUCGUGAGCGCCUCUAGCAGCAACAGCUAGUCUCGUCCCUCUACUUGUUCAACGCUGGCAUCGAAGUUUUCUGAUUAGACAGAAAAUCGUGUUUCGCCUUUAUUUCUGGCUUCGCUUUCCAUCAAAAUUGAAUCUGGUUGGUCUCUAGGCAAAGUUGGACGGCACCAGGCUGCGCAGUCGUACUAGGUCCUGAUCAAGUUGGCCAGUUCCCAAUUCGAUAACUGACCGGAAUCAUGUCUACUCAUAUUCGUCCUCCCCCGCCCGGUGACGAGGAUCUCCAACAUCUCUAUGAUGAAGUUUGGCGGAUCUUUGACGGUGAAACAGCUUCCCCUACCGAGCGCUCGCCAACAAGUGCAGUCUCUGCCCAUGCACGCGAGCCCUACCCUAAUGGUUCAUUCCACGACGUUGGUGCGACAAUAUCUCCAUCCUCUUCAAUCCGCAGCGCCCUUCCUCGCCCUCCUAUGCCUGCACCUCAGCGGCCGCAUUCGCCUGAGAUACGCCCACAGCUCGAUUCUGCGACCUCUCCUACCCAAAGGAGAUUGAGACCACUUCCGUUGCCUCCAGGUGCUUCUUUAAGUCCUCAGCCUCAUGAACAAGCACCUGCGGUUGCAAAUCCUUCACGCCCGGGGACUGCUGGAGUUGACGGGCGUCGUCAGCUUCCCCAGGCACCUACUGUGCAACCUAGUGGUUCUAAUGGUAGUCGCCCUUCCACAGCUUCUGCAACAUCACCAACCUCAGCCGCAAGUAAACCAGUUGUCACCAGCCCUCACACCGACAGGCCGCCAAAUGUGUAUAAUAAACCCGUCCCUGCUAUCCCCUCGCACACUAACGGUGCACCUGCUAAUGGAGCGGAUGUGUACCGUUUGCAGCAAUCAGAGAGUAGCCUUGAUGUGCGAGGGUACAGUGUCACCGCUGACCAUAUCGCACCAAAGCCAUCCCCUCGACCUCCUGGUGCUUUAGCCCCGAACAUACCGGGUCACAGUAAUGUGUAUGAUGACUUUCCAAUCGACCUACAUGGUACAGAUGAUCUUCGUCACCGUCCGUCUCAUCGCCCUCAACAAUCUUCGGAACAAUUUCGUCCUGUGGAUGUAUACUCCCAGCCUCAUGCCCGUUUGCAUCCAAACGAUGGCAUCAAUGGUCCUGCACCGUCCGCUCGGGUGAAUGAUUUGCGUCAUCGCCCUUCAUCAUCAUCCGACUAUAUCCCCAAUUGCAAGUCACACCAGAAUGUGUAGCCUUGAUCUAACUCUGUCUGCAGAUCAUCAAGAUACCGACCCCAAGCUCGGCCGUGCAGUUUCUACAGGCUCGACUGCGUCUUCAUUCGUAACAGACUCCCUGGGUCGCAAUGGCUCGCUGACCACAACGGCCACAAGCUACGCUGAUACUGACGCUUCAACUACUAAAGCUGGGCCAUCGAUGCUCAGCAGGGAAACGUCCUACGGGUUCCCAGUGUCAGGCCCUUCGACACUUAAAUACAGCCAUGGUCACUCAGAAUCUGGCAGUGGCGGUUUCCAAGGUGGAAGC